AUGGUUCUCCCAGCUCUUCUUCGACGGGGCUGCCGUUUGGCUAUCCGUACUCGACUUCCUGCCCGACUUCCUGCCCGUCUUCCUACUCGUCUUCCCAUCAGCCCAUUGUCAAGAUCAAGUCUGAUACCCAGACUCUUUACUACAACUUCCACAAAAUGGGCAGCAAUCCGUACUCUCGAAGAACUAAAAGCCGAACUUCAACCAAACGUCCCAACAGCAGCAGAAAUCGAAGCAAUAAACGAAGCUAUAAAACGUCUCCCUGAAGAAGCACAAGAACUCCUAGCCCGAAAGUUCCCAUUAGUCCAUGAAUUCAUCAGUCCCGCACAAUACAACCUUCUCACACUAUCCCUCCAACCGUACCUCAAUUUCUCCGAUAUCAUAAAACCCGACCCUACCGAUGAAAAGGCCCCGCAUAAUCCGUUUACUAUCAAAGCUAUGUUACCGGUAUACGGUCGUCCUUUACCACCUGGGUUUCAUUUCGCCUUCUUCAACGGUUAUACUCAAGAAUCGGAUUUAUCACCAGAUGGUUAUAUAUCCUCACAAGCACCGGGAGGGCCAUGGACCCGUCGUAUGUGGGCCGGUGGGAAACUUACGUUCAAUCGUAUGCCUGAAAAACGUCAGAAAGGUAGUGAUAAUGGUGCUCGUCGUGCGAGACCAUUGGACAUUGGACGUCGUGCGUAUUGUCAUGAAACGGUUGAAGAUAUUCAGAUGAAAGGGGAACCGGGAAGUCCGAAUGAAAUGAUGUUUGUGUAUUUGAGACGGAAGAUUUGGGCUACGGGGUAUAUUGUUAGAGAACCUUCGAAAUCGCCAAAGAUUAAGGAGGUUGAGGACUUCGAUGAGGAUAAAGUAAUACAGCCGGAUGAAGAUGUUCCGUUGAUUGAACAGCGGGUAUUGGUUUAUAUGCGGCCGAAGCAAGAGGCUGUGGAGACACCGGCCUCAUCUUCUUCUACUGAAGAAGGGAAGCAGGAAGCUAUCGAAACAUCUGCUACCGAGGAAGUUAACCAGGAAGCUGUUGAAACACCAUCUCCUCCUGCCGAAGAACUGAAGCAGGAAGAUAAGAAAGACGAAACGACCGAGCAACCAACAAGCAAGCCCAUAGCCAAAGAAAUGGCCCCAACCUCAAGAGUCUCAUCUCGCGCCGAAAAGGCAGAAUUCAGCCAUACAAUCACUCCCUCUCACCAACUCCUCUUCAGAUACUCAGCUCUAACCUUCAACGCCCAUAAAAUCCACUUCGACACCGAAUACACCCAAAAAGUAGAAGGCCACAAGGACCUCCUCGUUCACGGUCCCCUCACAUUGACUUUCCUCCUCGAAUUACUUAGAAACCACACGUUCACCCUUGAAAAACAAUACAGAGUCUGCGAAUUCCAAUACCGUCAUAUCGCACCCGUCUACGUUGGUGAAAAGAUACACCUCUAUGGUCGAUAUCUACCUGAUGCACCAGUUCCAGCACAAGAAAAAGACGACUACGAUCCUCGGGAGAGGUUAGUCCCGAUGUACGACGAAAUGGACGACCUUCGAAAAGAACUACAAAAAUUAGGAUUGGAAAGGGACCCCAGCGUCGAUCCGGAACAAAACAAAUUACGAAAGAAAGAAUUAAGAAGAAUGUUGACCAUACUGAAAAAGGAGAGUGAAAAACUCGAGAAAUUCCAGUUGAAACCCAAGAGGAUUAUCGACUAUAGAAAAUACGAACUAUGGGCUGAAAACGAUAAGGGACAGAUUGUGGUCAGGGGCACAGUCUUGAUUGAAGAUCUACCUACGAAGGUUGAACUCACGCCUGAGCAACAAUGGAAGAAAUACCAGAGUGAGAUGGCAAGAAAUAGGAAGAUGAUGCAGAAACAAUUAUUGCAGACGCAUAGGGACGAAGUUAGGAAGAGAAGAAGAGAGAGAAAGCAGAGACUAAGAUCUCAACAGAUGGAGAGGGAGAGGUUGAGAAGACAAGAGAGAGAAAAGUUGUAUAAGGAAGCCAAAGCGGCUAUCGCAAGGGGCGAAUUACCGCCGGAUCACAAGAUAGAUUACAGUACGGUCGAUGCUAUGAUGAAGGAAUUGGAGGCAAGACACAAGGCGGAACGACAAGAAGCCGAGGCGUAUUUGGAACGUGGAAGAACCACCGAGGAACUCAUGGAUGGUGUUGAUGACGAUGCUACUUGGAAAGUAGAUUAUCAUGAACAGUACGAACAGGAAGAUCUAGAAGGUUAUGAAGAUAACUACAACCACGAUUUAGAAGAGGGCGAGGAGAGUGGUAGUGACGAUGAUGGUGAAGAGGGUGAAGAAGGUGAAGAAGAUGAAGAAGAUGAUGAAUAUGAAGAUGAAGAAUAUAGGGAUCAGAGGGACGAGCGACGGGAGGAAGAGUAUGACGACGAGGAUAUCGAUUGGAGGAAGCGGAGGUAG